AUGACCCGAUCAGCACUCGCUCCAUUGACGCCUACCCAGCUUGAAGAAGGUGCAUCCAAAUGCCUUGCUCUCCAGCAAUCUGGCCAAGAUCUCCACGGCAAAAGACCAUUCGCCGCAAUUCUGCUGGGCCCCGACAAUGCGACACAGCUCAUGUCAUCGCUGUCGCUGUCACACGUGCGCCACGCGGAGUGUGAGCUCGCGCGCAAUGCGGCCGACAACUACGACUGGGAUUAUCUUGCUGGGUGUACUAUGGUGUCGACCUGGGAGCCAUGUGCCAUGUGCGCAGGGACGAUUUACUGGGCGCAUAUCGGACGGCUGGUAUAUCUCGCGUCGGAAAAGACGCUGCAAGAUAUGAUCGGGGCGGGUAACCCUGAGAAUCUCACAUUGGACCUACCUUGUCGCGAGGUCUUUGUGGCUGGGCAAACCAAGGUCGAAGUGAUCGGGCCAUUGAGCGACGAGGGCUGGGAAAAUAGAGUGGUUGAUGAUGCGCGUCGGUACUGGUCGAAGUAUGGUCAGUCCUGA